GCACGAGACCGAGUCAUGUCCGCGAUCGCAGGCUUCUACGAGGGCAAGUCCAUCCUGGUCACCGGGGCCACCGGCUUCCUGGGCAAGGCGCUGCUGGAGAAGCUGCUGCGCGCCAGCCCGGGCCUCAGGGUCAUCUACGUCCUGGUGCGGCCCAAGGAGGGCCGGACGCUGCAGCAGCGGGUGGCGCAGAUGCUCAGCUGCAAGCUAUUUGAUAAAGUCAAAGAAAAGUGUCCGGACAUGCACGAGAAGAUCCGGCCCAUCUGCGCGGACCUCAACCAGCAGGACCUGGCCAUCAGCAAGGAGGACAUGCAGGAGCUGCUGUCCAACACCAAUCUCAUCUUCCACUGCGCCGCCACCGUGCGCUUCGACGACCACCUCAGACACGCCGUGCAGCUGAACGUGGCGGCCACCCAGCAGCUCCUGCGCAUGGCCAGCCAGAUGUCCAGGCUGGAGGCCUUCAUCCACAUCUCCACCGCCUACGCCAACUGCAACCUCCAGCACAUCGACGAGGUGGUGUACCCGUGCUCCGUGGAUCCCCAGCAGAUCAUGGCCUCCAUGGAGUGGCUGGACGAUGCCAUCAUCGAGGAGAUCACCCCCAGGCUGAUCGAGGACCGGCCCAACACCUACACCUACACCAAGGCCCUGGCCGAGAUGGUGUUGCUGAAGGAGGGCAGCCACCUCAACUUGGCCAUCAUCAGGCCAUCCAUCGUGGGCGCCACCUGGCAGGAGCCCUUCCCGGGCUGGGUGGAUAACUUCAACGGACCCAGCGGGAUCAUGAUCGCGAUGGGGAAGGGGCUGCUGCGCUCCGUGAAGGGGGCCCCCAUGGCGGUGGCUGACAUCAUCCCAGUGGACAUCGUGAUCAACCUCACCUUGGCAGUGGGCUGGUACACAGCCAUGCACAGACCGAAAUCCACACGGAUCUACCACUCUACGUCGGGGGCCCUCAACCCCUGCUGCUGGAAGGACAUUGGCUCACUGAUCCUAGGAAGCUUCGAGAAGGUUCCUCUGGAGAAAGCGUUCCGGAGGCCCAACGCCAAGUUCACCAGCAGCGCCUUCUCCCAGGAAUACUGGAACGUGGUCAGCCACUGGGUCCCUGUGCUCAUCUACGACCUGUUCCUGCGGCUCACGGGCAGGAAGCCCCGGUUAAUGAAGAUCAUGAACCGCAUCCUGAAGAUGCUCUCGGUGCUGGAGUACUUCAUCAGCCAGAGCUGGGAGUGGAGCAUGAACAGCACCGAGAUGCUCAGGGCUGAGCUGAGCCCUGAGGACCAGCGUGUGUUCAACUUUGACGUGCGGCAGCUCAACUGGCUGGAGUACAUCGAGAACUACGUCGCGGGCGUGAAGAGGCACCUGCUGAAGGAGGAGAUGUCGGGCAUCCCCGAGGCGAAGGAGCACUUGAAGAAGCUCCGGAACAUCCACUACCUCUUCAACACGGCCCUGGCGCUCCUGGUCUGCCGCCUCCUCAGCACGCGCUCCCAGCUGAUGCGGAACAUCUGGUUCUUCCUCGUGAACUUCUGCUCCAAGCUCCUCUCCUACCUGCGGGCGUCCAGCGCCCUCAGGGUCUGA